UAGGGGUGAAAACCUCACUCCACACCCCCUCCCCCCUCACUGCAGUUGUCUUAUUCGCGUCGUGCCUGUGGUGAGAGAAACACGACAGACUUUUGAUAGGAUGCUAACAGUAUCGCUGCAGAAGUGUUCAUUCAACAUUUAACACUAGACACACACACGAAAAUAUUUGAGGAUAAAAAAAAAAACAUUCUUAACAUUCACGGAGUAUAUUAAUAAUCAGUUAUGGAUAAUGACUGCUGAUUAGUGCAAAAUUUAUCACUUAUCGAGUAUAACGCAAUGUUAUACCCUAACUGCUGAGAUCCUAGCACUUGUGAUACCUGCAUGGUCGUAUCACGUGGUCCUCAGAGCAUGCAAAGACUUUCCUGCAGGGAACAGAAUCAGGAAAAAGAAGGAGAGUGAGAAAAAAAAAAGGCAAUGGGAAGAAAUGACGGGACUGAAAGAGAUUUUAGUCAAGCAAAUAAUAGAAGGAAAUGGAGAGAGACCGUCGACAGAUCAUGUGAGGUGCACCAUGCCCUAACGGUCAACCAGAGGGAUGUGUGAAGGUUUAAGAGUCUGUCCUUAUGUUUGGCAUUGUCGUCACUGACCACUAUACACUCAGCUUGCUUGGUGAUAAUACUAAUUUAAAGUAGUCAGGAUAGAACUGAAAUGUUCAAGUACAGUUUGUAUAGGAGAAUAGAGCUACGUUGUUUAUAAUGGAUGAAGAUGUAAACCUAGAAAGAUAUUCAAAAGGAGCCAAAUGUUGGAUAUCGAUUCGAGAAGAAUCGGUUCGCUCAGCAAGUUAGCUUAGAGCACGGAUCUAUACAGUCCACGACAAAACUAGCGUCACUUCCGUCCUCUUUGGUUUCACAAAGGAUUGUGGGACUGAUAUGAUGAUGUCACUUCUGGUCAACGAGAUGACGAGCUGUACUCAUCUUGGUGAUGAGACACCGGAACAGGAUCACCGAAACAAGACCAGCGCAAAAGUGAUAAAGAGAUGCGACGGAAAGAUACACGGGGAAUGUGAUAGUCCACUACCUACGCCGAGCUACGCCCAUGGAGGCAUUGACGUAGAGGGGACAAAACCCUCUUCAGUCCAAGAAAAGAAUAACAAUAAAUCAACGUUAUGCAGCCUCGACGCCUCACAGAAUAAUAAUAAAUCAACGUUAUGCAGCCUCGACGCCUCACAGAAUGGCAAUAAAUCAACGUUUUGCAGCCUCGACGCCUCACAGAAUGGCAGCUGUCAAUCGCCUUCAACGUACACUCGGCUCGAGUCCUUUCCUUACAGCGUAUCACUUAAGGACAUCUGCUAUGACGCCCUCGGGCGCAUCGAAUCUGACAACGCCCAAAUUCGUUUACCUGACGCCUCGCGAUGCGAUCUGGCGACAACUAAACGCAAAGACUUUGUCGACGCUAAAGAUCUUUCCGACAACUUCCAAUCGUGCAGCUCCUCGUUCAGUCACUCCGAGACGGAGUCUCCGAAAGAAGAGGAACAUAGCAGACUUGGUCACCCGGAACAGAAGGUGGUGUUUAUGACGUGUCCGAAGGGACACGAAGCCGCCAUCGUUGAGGAGUGCGAUGACCCGGGGUCUCGCUCUGACCUCGAACAGAAAACAUGUCAAAUACAAGGCAGCACCGUGCGAUUCGGUUUGGAUUCGCCAUCUUCCGAGGAGAUUCCGGAAUCGCCAAGACCUAGUUUCACUUUGUCUUUCGGAACGGAAACACCGGUAGCAGACAGUAUGGUGAGUCCUUCUUCGGCCAUCUCGCCCACAAACAUUUCCGGAAGUGAUGAAAUCAUCGUUUGCAACAGUGCGUCACUGGACGGAAGAAAAACUUCAGGUCGUGGGGCUCCGCAUUACACCAAAGGAUCUGAGCCAAGCGUCAGCAAACAGAAACUCACCAUGAGAAUCUCCAGAAGUCUUGGAACGUUCUUUCAGAAAAGUCCAUCUAAGCCGUCCCCGUCUGAUAGUCUGACGGACUUUCAAGAAGCUGGCCAUUGUGGAAGUCCUGAAAAAUCUUCAUUGCCUCUCAAGGAGUCCAAGCGUCAAACGACAUUGGCUGGCCGCAUGGUGACCUCGCUAGCCAAGUUGGGCCGAAAGGGCGUACAAAAAGGGCGCUCGGCCGACUCCCUCGAUGAAGACGAGGAGUUUUUCAACAAUAACAGAGACACACCUGUGUUUGUCUUACCCGAGGACCAGGUGGAUGUAUCCGACAAAGCACCAGUUCCGUUAACUGAAGAACAAGGGCAACUACUCAAAGAGUCAUGGGUUAUUAUCAAGAAACACGUGACAGAGGUCGGUGUAGAGACGUUUAUUGGUCUAUUUAACACUCAUCCUGAAUCCAUCGACUCAUUUCUUGCUUUUAAAGACAAGUCCGUGCAAGAUUUGGAGCGUAGCGCUGUGUUGAAGGCGCAUGCGCUGAGGGUCAUGCAGACGGUAGAUAAAUGCAUCACCCGAUUGGACAAGCCCGAGAGAAUGACGUCACUCUUGCUGCAGCUUGGGAAAAGACACGUGGAUUACCAAGCAAAUAUCAAACUGAUACCGAUCAUUGGAAAACAAUUUAUCGGUGCCAUUGAGCCCAAAAUGGGCAACGCUUGGUCACGUGACAUCAAGGCAUCAUGGGCAGGACUGUUUUCUAUCAUCAAUUAUAACAUGCGACUGGGGCUGAUGGAGGAGAAGAACAAGAGGAUACAAGCCAGUAAAGAUAUUGAAAGCAGCAGAAAAAAGAGCGAAGAGAAAAGAAGACGGGACCGGAAGUGAUCUCGCAAACAGAUUUUCAAAAUGCAUCAUUUCGUCCACGUUUCGCUUAUAUAUUUUGUAAUAUUACUAAAUCCACAUUAUCAACAUUAGUUGUUGAACAAAGUUCAUAUGAACAUUGUCGGUUAAGUAUCCGACGAUACUUUGAAGAGUGAAGUACCGACUAAACUUGAUAAAUAUUGGUUCAAACAGUUUCAAAAUGCAACUAAUCAUAAGAAUCAUUGCAUUCUGGCUUGUCCAUUCAUCGAAUCCAUAUCAACAGAUCGCAGAAUCUCAGUGGAGUGAGCAAGAUAUAAGCUACUAAUAUUCCUAGUUGCACUGCAAGUCAUUAAAUAAAUUUAAAUGGAAGAUAAUAUAACUAAAAUCCCAAACCCCACCAAAAGUAAAAGAUACUUGGUUCAUCCUGCUCGUCCAGUAGGCCUACCAAGCCAUGGUCCAAGGAAUAGGCCUACAUCAAAAGCAAGGAGCAUGGCGAAAAAAAGGCACAACGUCCUAAAUCUAUGUCCUGUUAGGUCCAGUUAAGUAAAUAUUGAAUAUUACAACUUCGAGGAAAUCUCUGCGGUUUGAAUUCCUCGACUAUAAAUCUUUCCUUACAAACUGUAUGGGAAAUUUAUUUAAAAGACAAAAGGUGGACAUCAUUUGUAGGCCUACAUCCACGAUUCUUGUAAGAAUAUAAUCCUUAAUGCUGCCUGCAAAAGAGACAUAGCGCUCUCGAGCAACGAGAACAAACGUCUGAAGCUGUAGCGCACUGUCUGCUUUCAUGAUAAUCUCUGCUACUUAUCUACACUAUUAUUGCCAACCUGGAAAGUCUGUCCUAUUAAUGUGGCUAUGUUUUUAGAGAAAUGUUCUGUGAUCUUUGCCUUGCUUUCAAGACAACUUUGGCUUGUGUGGCUGCUGGUCGUGUGGAAUUGAGCUUCAAACUCUCAUCGCGAUUGUCCGGGGUAUUACCCGCUACAAUCCCCUGCCGUCCUGCAGGACUGAGACAUAAUGUUCAUGUCUGGAAGAACGUCUGACUUUAUCAAACAAAACAAGAGUAGACCUACAUCACAACUAGAUUUGUGUGUUGCUAGACUCAGGACCAGAGACUUCAAGACUCUAGCUUAGCAAACGUAUUUUUGUGGGAAGCGUGGUCAAGAGGCUAAGUACACUUAAACUUGGCUUGACUACUUAUGAAGGGGGCUCGAGGUUUACUGGGUGCCUAAAUGCAGCGCGGAAAACCUUCUCCCAUUUACCCCCUCCCCCCACGUUACAAAUGAGAUUGGACCAUAGCGCUCUGAGCAUGCUAUAAGCAUGAAAGUAGCGCUAUAUAAAAGCUACAAUUACAAACCCCACGGCGUCAUUUUAACACAAUCUCUACUCCUAUGGUCUCUGUUUUGAUCUACGUGUUUAUUAAUUGACGUCUGCUGCAUUCAACAAGCGUGUGAUACUGGUCACGUGAAUACCUAGAUAAUUAGAAAAGUGUUUCCUUAACAGAUGUAACAACGCAAUUAUUUGACUACAAGUCUUGCAAGAUGAGCCAGAAUUCAUAAACAAUGAAGGUUUUUUAAAUUAACUUAUAAUUAAUUGUAAAUCUUAAUAUUAAAUAUGCCUGGUUUUAUUUCGACAUAAUUAUGAUAUAUAUAUAUAUAUAUAUGAAUCUAUUGGCACUCAUAUACACAACUAAAAUGUAUCUUAAUAUCUUUGAAAUCUGUGCUAACAUUGUGGUAGAUUGAAUGUAAAUAAUAUUAAAAUAUUUUUUACAAUUCCUCCUAUUUGCUUGUAAACUCUUCGUGGGUUCUAAAAGGUGGAAACUGCAUGGAAACUGGACGGGUAGUUUCCUUUCUCAUUUUCCUAGAUCUUUGUAAGUGUAGGUAUAUCUUUGAGGAAAAUAAAAACUAGCUAAUUGGCUAUACAGUGAAAUCUUGGAUUGAGUGGUAUAAUUUUUUUUUAAAACAUGAUCAACUUAAAAUUAAAUUUGGCUUACCUCUCUUACAGUCUGAACACGGGUUCAGCGGGAAUUUCCGUACUCGACUCAAAUGUUUGUUUUAAUGAGUUAAAUAAAUAAUUGACUUGCAUGAAUAUUUAGCGUACCGUCUGAUAUUAGCAGGUGGACUAUAAAUACAAGAAUUUGAGUGUGCAAAGCUCACUGGAAAUUUCUAGGCUACUUGCAAUAGUGAAGCUUUAGAAGAAACAAAUAGAAUGAGAGGCCUACUUACAGACAUAAAAUAGACCUAGGAUGGCUGCCUGGUCGUGCGGUUUGCGCGCUGGACUGUCGUUCAGAUUUACCGCUCCCAUCCCCCGUCGUCCUGCGGGAGGUUUGGACUAGGAAGUAAUUAUCUUCAACUUUGAAGGAACAUCCGAAACAUGUCAAACAAACAAACAAUCCAAAUAUGGCGACCAUCAAUGUUCUUGUUCUCGUGAAGGCGUUCGAACGAGGCGAAUCGUUAUUGAAGGCCUCAGCACUGACCAGUGGGCAGUUUAGACCCAUUCCUCGAUCGUAGUCAUAAAUGUCACGUCACCUGUCGUGACGUCGUAACGAGCUAUAUAUUAUUCUAUAUUAAAAUCUACAAGUAUUUUGGAAUACACUGUCACCGACAAACGCUGACACGAACACACGCUGUCACCGACACAAGCUGACACGAACACACGCUGUCACCGACACAAGCUGAUACGAACACACGCUGUCACCGACACAAGCUGAUACGAACACACGCUGUCACCGACACAGGCUGACACGAACACACACACACUCGCCGUUUUGAACACGUCUACAUUAAAAAAAAAAAAAGUUCAAAUUGUGAAUUCGAAAAUCUAUUUGUCACUACAUCUUGUGUCAUUUUAUUUAUUGUGCCUUAUUUUUUUUUUCGGUUGCCUUUUGAACUUAAUUUCGCCACGUUUUAAAAAAAAAUAUAUAUCAGUAACCUUAAAGGGCAUGCAUAUAAAGAUAAUUAAUGCCUGGCCCUAGGAUAUUCAAUUAUAAACUAGUUGAUAAACAGACUCAUUAUGGCAGAGGUAAACAGACGGUGUAUAGUUCGUAUGUGUCAGUAGUCAGCAGACUGUCUAGUUAUUGCCAAUACGAUGUUGUUAUUUAGUCAUCAUUAAUCUUGUGGAGUGUCACCAAUGCCUGUAGGGCUAAGACAUCCCACAAAAGUCUGUCCUACUACAAGCGCUGUUUGAACUUUGGAAAUGUGCUGCCAAAUUGUUAUUUUUUUCCCAGCCCCAUGCGAGGAGCGCCUACCAAACUGGUAUUAGUCGAGAUUAUUGUCUUGAAAGUGUAGGUCAACGAUAGCUCCCAUCUGUCGAUCUAUCUGAACAAUAGUUCUGUCUGGAAGGGAUCCAAGCAGAUGUAAAUAUAUCACACUCAGUGUCUACAAAAACCCAUAGCUGUAUAUAAACUAGAACAACUGAAGCUAAGAAUGUACUAUAUCAAGCUUAAUUAGAAUGCCUUGUUUAAAAAAGGUAGGUCUAUCAAUGCUUACGUAGUCAGAUAGUUGUAUUUUUUUUUAGCUCUAGCAUCAAACAAAAUUUGGUGAGGUGAUUUUCUUUUGUCUCUCAAUUGUAAGUUUGUGUUUCUUGUGUAAACUCUAGUGCUUCCCAACUGGCUUUUUACUUAGCAAUGUGAAGAUUCCAUUGUUGUAUUAGUCCACAUAACAUUCAUGAAGGGAGCCAUCAAAGUGGUUUUCCUUUAACCCAAAGGCGCUGGAGAAGGCACUCAAGAUAAAUUAAAAAAGGAAAUACUGGUAGCUUUAGUUUGCAUAGAAGCUCUAGACCAGCGGUUCUCAAUCUUUUAUGCUCGGCGACCCCUUUUUAUGACCCCUCACUCUUCCGCGACCCUCCCCCCAUACACACACAUAUAGCACUAGAAGAAUAGACAAUAACAGUCCAUAUUUUCGAUGGUCUCAGGCGACCCCUGGCAAAUCGUCAAUCUACCCCCAAGGGGGUCACGACCCACAGGUUGAGAACCCCCUGCUCUAGACCCUCAGCAAUGCAUUGAACUGUAAUAGCCGUGCAACAAAGCUCAGGUGAUGUUCAAACAUUUAAAAAAAAAUUAAUUUUAUAUUUCGAGUCCCCUAGUAAAACAAUUAUUUUUGAAAGUAUCUACUCAAUGUGGUAAAUGUAACAUGAGAGAAAAUGUCAAUGUCUGGGUCAUGAACUAUUUUAAUCACAACUUGAUCAAUGCCAGUUUGAUGUUAUUUAUUUUUAUGCCAUUAAAUGUCAUUUUUUAAUUCAUG